ACGUUUCACUUUACAUUACCAGCUAACAGACGACAAACAACCGCGAUGUCUGAUACACUUAUUUAAAGUAAAUACUCUAUAAUGUUUUUUUCUGAAAGGAAUUAUUGCUUAGGCAAAAGAAACAAUGCUGGAUGUAGUGCUUUUGCUCCUUGGAGCGCAUCUGGCCUGUGCUGGAACACACUCUCUGAGAUACUUCUUCACUGGUGUGUCUGGAGACAUUGACUUCCCAGAGUUCACUGCAGUUGGUCUGGUAGAUGAAGGGCAGUUUUUUUACUUUGACAGCAACACAAAGAAAACUGAGCCUAAGACAGAGUGGAUCAGACAGAAUGAGGGAGAAGAUUACUGGAACAGUCAGACUCAGAUCCUGAUUGACACGCAUCAGUCCUACAAAGUCGGCAUCCAGAUAAUAAAGGAACUGUUCAACCAGUCAGGAGGUGUUCACACAUGGCAGAUGAUGUGUGGCUGUGAGCUGGAUGAAGAUGGCACCAAACAAGGAUACAUGCAAUAUGGUUAUGAUGGAGAGGACUUCCUCAGCUUUGAUAAGAGCACCCUCACCUGGACUGCUGCUAAUCCACAAGCUGUCAUAACCAAACACAAAUGGGAUUCCACUGGAGAAGAUGCAAUCUACUGGAAAGGAUAUCUGGAUAACACAUGCAUUGAGUGGCUGCAGAAGUAUGUGAUAUAUGGGGAAAACACUACAAAAGUCGCUCCUCAGGUGUCUCUGCUGCAGAAGUCUUCCUCGUCUUCAGUCAAAUGUCAUGCUACAGGUUUUUACCCCAGUGGAGUAACAAUCUCCUGGCAGAAAAAUGGACAAGAGCAUCAUGAGGAUGUGUAUCUUGCUGAACUUCUUCCCAAUGAGGACGGGACCUUUCAGAGGACGAGCACCAUCAAAGUUUCACCUGAGGAGCUGAAGAAGAACCAGUUCAGCUGUGUGGUGGAGCAUCAGGGUGAAACCUUCAGAAGCAUUUUGAAAGCUUCUGUCCCCAUCGGCUUCAUUCUUGCUGCUGUUGUUGGUGUCUUCCUGUUGAUUGUCACUGCUGUUGCUGGAUAUACGGUCUAUCAGAAAAAGAAAGGCUUUAAACCUGUCAAUGCAUCUGAUGACGGUCCAAAUGGCUCAGCUCGUUCAGAUACAUAAACAUAGAGAUGAGACCAGAUGAGUGCAAUAGAUGAAGUAAAAGAGAUGAUUACCCUGCUGUCCAUCUUGUUUACAACACACAAACACACAUACAAACCCCGGCGCUGGAUAUAUGGCUGCCCACUGCUCCGGGUGUGUGUUCACGGUGUGUUCACUUCUCAAUGCUGUGUGUGUGCACUUGGAUGCGUUUAAUGCAGAGCACCAAUUCCAUACCAUAGUUAGCAAAUGCCACGACUUUUACUUUAAUUUAUAUCAUGGUUCUUCAUUAAUCACAUCUGCAAAGUUUUUGUUUCAUCACACAUCAGUAUUGAUUGUGAAAAAAGAGACACUUUUGAAUGUGUGUACAGUCUGUCAUAGUAUAGUAUAGCAGUCAUCUCUUGUGUAUGAGAUGUUUCUAGAAAGACUAUUUAUGUGGGAAAUAUUAAAUAUUAAAUAAUUCAGAGGGUAACAAGUCAUGGAAAACUAUCUCCUGCAAAUCUUAAUAUAACCUCUGUACAGUACAGUAAACUAUAUAUAUUUUCCUUGUUUGAGGUUACUAAAUCUAAAUUAUUUAAAUAUUUGUAUAUAUUAAUUGCCUUUAAUACAUUGUAAUCUUAAUUUGAUUCUUUAAAAUAAAUAAACUUCACAGAAAGGGGCAGGUGGUGAAUGUCUGUCUUUCUGUUGGCAAAACAGUAUCCAUAUUUCAUCAGAAUCUGUUAAGUAACCUUUGGAAUUGCAAGUUUAGAUUUUACAAUUUAUACUUUAUAGGGCCGGGACUCGUAAAAAAAAAAAUCGGAUUAAUUAGAGGCUUUGUAAUUAAUUAAUCGAAAUUAAUCGCAUUUUAAUCGCAUAUAAUUUAUAGUAUACCAUUGAAUAAUGACUGAAUACAUAAGCUUAAGCAACAAAAUAUUGUUUAUCUUUGUUCAACCAAGUCUAGCAGACCAGUGCAAUUUUUGCCAUGAAGUGUAGCAAUAGCAUAUUAGAAACAAUUUAGAAAUAGUACAUUUCAGAAAUUCAGGAAGCUUAUAGGUGCUGGAACCUUCUGUAAAGUGUUUUUUUUUAAGUAAAACACAAUACUGUCAAUUACAUUCAGAACAUUGGAAACACUGACUAUUAGAAAACAUCUCUCUGUUGCUUCAGAGGCCAUAACAUACUAAGUCCAACUCUCAAUAACCUUGGCCAAAACAAUAAAGAGUUCAACAUAAACUGUUGCACCAACAAAAUAAUACAUAGUUCAACAUAAAGUGUAAAGUCCACGCUAGCUGCUAUAUGUUUUGCGUUGAGGUGAUACUUGAGGCUCGAUGUGCUGCGGUGAUAUGCGAACGCUAGUUGGUGCUCCAGUAUAAUCGGUCCGCCGAAACUCAUCCAGUGAGAAACGUUCCGCGGUGCAAAAAUUGUCACAGUGUCUGGUCUGUGUAUCCCUGGGUGUCCACUAGAGGUCUCACUUCCCCUUAUCGUCACUGUUCAUUGUUUUCAGCUGUUUCCACUUACAUCGUUUGCACCUGUCUUUAAAUACCUGGGUUGUUUCUGUCUUUGUCACGGAGUCCUUGUUUGAUGUCAGAGCGUUACAUGUCCGUCAACCCUUGCCUUGCCUUGCCUUGCCUUGCCUUGGUGUCCUGUUUAUGUCUGGUUUUGGAUAUUCUGGUUUUGACCCUGCUUGGCUUGUUUACCCGAUUGGAUUACCCUUAUUAAAUAAACUUCAUACCUACAUUUGGUUCUCUCGCCUCAUUCCUGCAACGCUGAACGUGACAAAAAUAAGUUAUUAAAAAUGCGGGAUUUUUUUUUUGUAAUUAAUUAAUCUUAGUUAACGCGUUAUUUUUGUGUAAUUAAUUAAUCUCAAUUAACUCGUUAAAGUCCCGGCCCUAAAACUUUAACAGAAUUGUUAGAUAAAUUUAUGUAACAAAUUUUUUUACAAAGCUCAUCGGUCUGAAAAGUGAGGUGUGCUCUGAUUGGCCAGCUAUCCAGUGCAUUAUGAUUGGCCAAAUACAUCAAGCAGGACUGAAAUGUUACGUCUCUUAACAUAUUUUGAUGCCUUGUCUGGCCGGGGUGGCGAGACAUAAACAUAAAACCUAUUAUAAACGUGAUAUAAACAUGAUUUCUAGUCGUGUCUUCUUUUGUAAGGCCAAACAAAGUCCUCUAGUUUCACUUUCACAGUGAAACACACAGCGUCUAUAUGACAUGGCGGGGGCGGCAACAACAAUACUACAACGAGAAUAAAAGGUGCACCUUCUUUCUUUGCGUGAACAUUUGGGCAGCAUUAUGCAACUAUUCCCACAUAGUGACAUAUAUAUGUGGGGGUGUGUUAGAAGAAGCCGUUUUAGGGGGGCAUGGACGAGUCUUAACUUUUAUAAAAAAUAUCUCUUUGGAUUUGAGACUUUAGUCUUUGCAACUUUGCAACUUUACAGAUCUUCUUUAUGCACCAAGAACUUGUAACUUGUUAUCUUCAGCAGGAUUCUUUAUUGAGAACUUGCUGUGUGGUGCUGCAGCCAUCAAAAGUCAGUGAAUCAUUGUAGUUUAAAUACAUUUUAGAGGACAGCGCUUAGAAACGGAGGCAGAGCUCCUGAGAUGACCUUAAACCAAGCUUGCAAAUUAAGUAUUUAGGUAUAGGAUUGAAAGUAAAAAUGACAGUUUUAUCAAUAAAUAAAACAGAAAACCUAAAGUCAAAAAAAUAUUUUUAUAGAGCGUCUUACAUAUAUAUAACUUUUUUACAUCCAAGUAAAGAUAAUUAAUUUGAAUUAAUGAUACUGAUAAUAAUCUCUAACACUCUGUAGAGUGCAUGAAUAGGACCUAUGAGAGCAAUAGGACAUGAGAUCCUCUGGCUGAGAAAACGCUACACCACAUCAGUGCUGGAUAUCAACCACAAACUGUUUCCAGACACGAGAGAAGAAGAUCAUGAUGGGGAGAUGAAACCAGUAUAGAUGUGAUGAUGAGAAUCAUUAUUUUCUGAAACAGUAUCACAUGUCUUAUGUGUAUCACAUGAUCCGUAUCACAGUUGACUAGAUGGGACUGUGUGACUUUUAAGGACAUUUCAUCACUCAUCUGUGUGAACUGAUUAAUAUAUGAGGUUAAUGUAUUUUUGAUGAUAAUUAUUUUCCUUGAAUCUUAUUUGUCUUGAUGCUACUUUAUCAACUUUAUAGUCUAUGCUUCAAUAAAAUGAAAUUGGUGAA